CCUUGAAAGAACAUGGAAAACCGUAUAAUACGUAGAUUAAUCGAUAUUAGCGUGCAUUGAGGCUUUUGAGAAGUUUGUGCCAGUUAUUAUAAAUUCAAAUAAAGUCAAUAGUUCAAAUUAUAUAAAAUGUCUGCGUCCAGCGAUGCUGGUAUUACUAUUAAAUCAAAACGACCCACAGAUUCUGCAUUCAAGCAACAACGCCUUCCAGCUUGGCAGCCGGUGUUAACUGCCAGCAAUGUACUUCCUACAUUUUUCAUAAUUGGAAUUGCAUUUAUUCCUGUUGGAGUUGGUUUAUUAUACUUUAGUGAUGAGGUAAUGGAAAAAUCAAUUGACUAUACACAUUGUGUAUCUGUAGAUUCGAGUGAAAAUGUAACAUGUGCAGAAGUUAUAAAGAAACCCAAUAUGACUUGUAAAUGUGAAAUCAAUUUUGAAUUACCAAUGACAUUUGAGGGUAAAGUUUAUAUGUUUUAUGGAUUGAGCAAUUUCUAUCAAAAUCAUAGACGUUAUGUUAAAUCUAGAGAUGACAAUCAGUUAUUGGGCCGAUUAGGAGAACCUUCCACAGAUUGUGCUCCGUUUGAUAAAACACCAGAUAAAAUACCAAUUGCGCCUUGUGGAGCAAUUGCUAAUUCACUAUUUAGUGACAAACUGACAAUUUAUUCUAUGGAGCUUGGUGAUGAUGUACCUUUAAUCAGAACAGGCAUUGCAUGGCCUACUGAUAAAGAAAUUAAAUUCAAAAAUCCACCUGGAGACGACCUGAAAAAAGCUUUUGAAGGAUAUGCUAAACCAAAGGCGUGGAAAAAUAAUAUCUGGGAAUUAGAUUUAGAAGAUCCAAGUAAUAACGGAUUUCAGAAUGAAGAUUUAAUUGUGUGGAUGCGUACAGCAGCUUUGCCAAAUUUUAGAAAAUUGUACAGAAGAGUUGAUCAUUCCAAAAAAGAUUUUGCAGAAGGAUUACCUAAAGGAAACUAUACAUUAAAAAUUGAUUACUCUUAUUCAGUAACUGAAUUUGAUGGUUCUAAGAAAAUGAUUCUGUCUACAACUUCCAUAUUAGGAGGAAAAAAUCCAUUCUUAGGUAUAGCUUAUAUUGUAGUUGGGUGUGUUUGUUUGGUUCUAGGCAUCGCUCUCUUUAUUAUCCACAUUAAAUGUAGUCGCAGUGCCUCCGAAAUGAUAAAUGUGAAUCCCAGAACUCCUUAUACGUAAAACAGUUAAGUUUGCUGAAAAUAUUAGAACCAAGUAUUAAUAUAUGUUUAGUUAAUGCUUAAUGUUAAUGUGCUUAAAUAGUUUAAUUAAACUGUGACGUCGAGACAAGUCAGGUUAUUGAAGAAAAUUAGCUAUCUUUCUGUAAAUGUAAUUAAUGUUAGAAGAAAGUGCUCUUAUUAUAU